UCAUUCUACUUUACCAAGUUGCUUGGUCUGCCUCUUCAUUUCCUAGCUCAUCCCCUAGUGUGGUUUGUGGGUAAGCACUGACUGCAUGUCACAUGCACAAGAAUGUUGUUGAAAUGGGAGCCAUCUAUGCUGGUGGACUCUGCCAAGGUUGAAUAGAUCAAAAUGCCACCUAACUCUAGGGAGGAGAGGUGGAGAGUUUUUUAGUUUUUGGGUUUUAAAUAUAGGAAUGGUACAACAUGGUAAGUAAGGUUGCUUUCUUUAAAGAAAAUAAUCCACAGAUCCCGUAAAAUCAAUGAACUGAAGUUAACAGAUUGAUUCAGAAUGUUGAGUUUUUUUCCUCAGAGUUGACAUAACCUGCUGUACUGAACAAAGUGGUGUUUUGUCAAGCACUUGGCCAGCAUGUGUGUUAGGGCUAGCUCCAUUUGGUUCUUAUCCUAUUCUGUUCUCACUAAACCAAAAUUUUUUUUCAAAAAUGUCUAGGGUCUUAGGAGAGUUGGACACAUUCAAAACACAAUAUGUGAUUAAGAAGAUUAAAGAUUAAUACUUACUGAUGGAUUACUAUGUACCAAACUUCCAACCGAAUCCUGACAACAAUUCCUUAAGAUGUGGAAACUGCAGUUCACUGAGGUUGACAUUUCCGGGUUCAUACAACAAGGAUGGGCAUGAUUGUGAGGCCUCCCCACCCACAUGGAACGCUAUGUGAAGAUUGUGCCUGCUUCGCCUUUGCCUUCCACCAUGAUUGCAAGUUUCCUGAGACCUUCCCAGCAGCAGAAGCCUAUACAGUCUGCAGAACUAGUUCCCCAGCUAUCCCCCAGUGGCUUCGAGAUUCCCAUUUCAAGAGUGUAGAGUUCUACCCAGAAGGUGGCUGCGUGGACAGUGACUACAUUCUCAGCUCCAUGCCUAUUUGGGUGAGGCCCUGUGAUGAAUGGUCAUCAGUGGAAUAUGAGCAGAAGUGUUAUGUGUCAGAAGAAGACAUGCCUUCUCCAUCCUUUCUUUUCCCCUACCCUCUGGUUUGUGUUGGUUUCCAGGGUGUCCUUGGGAGGGGUUUGGGCCAUAAUUUCAAAAGACACAGUGCUGAAUACCACAAUCCCAAAUGUUGAAAUCUGGAAAGAUCAAAAUCUCUAAAGGAAGGCACACAUUUAAGAUGGCAAAGCCACUGUGCCUUUGUCCCUAAAUAAGAGUGGGGCAACUGUGCCUUUCACCACUCUGCUGUUAACCAGUUAUACACACAAUGAACUGUUACGUUAGCAAAAACAAAUGUUUCUUGUAAAGGCCACUGAAAUUGUGGAGUUUGUCUGUUACAGUAACUAGCAGUACUCUAACUAAAAUGAGCGUCUUUCAUAAUGGAGAUGAGAAUUCAGAUUUCUACUAUUCUCUGACAAAUCUCCAUAACACUUAUUUACCAAACCACUGAUUUUAAUUGUGCUGAAUGGAAAUGAUCAUGGAGAGUCACUUUUCCAAUGACCUCUCUGUCCCUUGGUUUUCCAUUGUUUAGGGUGGAUGAUAAUUUCUAUCUUUUAUUUCUAUUUGUGGUAUCCAAACAAAAUCAUCAUAAAAACUCCAUUAUGGCAUAGUUAAUUGUAAAAUAAAUAUAUAUGACCAAAAAAAUUAAAAAGACUUCCCUCUUUUAAACCUUUCCAAGCAAUUCCCAUCUUCAAAGGUAAUUUUGAGGAACAUGUACUUCUCUGACUGGGAAGCGGGUGGUGAUCUGGAAUUAAUCAGUGAGGAUUUAUUGAGUUUCCUAAAGUGUAUGACUUACGCAUGGGUUUCCCUGCUCGUUGGCAACUCUCAAAGCCUUAACCCUGAGGAUGCUCCCUCAAGAAAACAUAGCACCUGUUUUCUGGGCACUGGUUCCAACACACGGCCUGAAACACUAUGCCAAGAGCUCAAAUCUCUUGUAUUUCCCACCACACAGAUGGUCUGAGGCCUUCACUCCUCACCCUUCCUGGAUGUGGUUGCACCAGAGGUGAGUAGGAGAAAGAAUGCUUUUGAGAAAGGUACCUUGAGAAUUUAUCUUGACAACUCCUCCUCAUCCUAGGCUUUGCACUUUCUCUGUCCCUGAAACUUCAAGGUGUUGUUCCUCUUAAUAUUUCAAGUCUAAACCCUGAAUCCAAGACCCGAAAGGAAAGAAAGUUUUGCCCACAAAGCAGCUCCCACAGCAAAUGAUGAAUGCUCCAAGUGCUUUCUGGGGGGAAGAAAAACGCUGAAACAGAGUUUAGUCACUAGAGUAAAUCCCCAUAGAAAAAGAAAUAAAUCUCUGUGACAUCUGCUAAUGUCUGCCAUUUCCUUAAACACCUCUACCUGUCCAGUUUCUGUACCUCUUUUCCCCUUUCGCCAAUGCUGCUUUUGUUCUGUUUUUGGCCUUCAGGGGAUGAUUUAGUGAGCAGAUGGUACCAGGAAAACCAAGGGUAUUGCAUCCAGCUGUGUGUACACAGAUUGGUGAAUUCAAGCCUCUGAUCUAGGAUCUGAAAUAAAAAUCAGAAUAAGCGAAAAGAUGGUUGCUUUUUUUCAUGCCUUAUUUGUUCAUUUGCUCAAGAAGCGUUUGCUAUUUGCCUAUGGUGUUAGUAUUGUUUAAGACAAUAGAGAAACACAGAUUAAAAAGACACCACCUCUGUUUUUCAGAUGCAAGUUAUGUACUUAAGGACCCCAAAACUAUAAAACCAAACCAUGAAGAAUGAGAGAUUUAGCACUAAUAAAAUGGAAAACAUUCACAUGUUGGAACACAUGAUACAUUUGAGUCAGGAAAAGUGCGCUCUUGUUUUAUUUAUUUGCUUAUUUGUAGGAGGAUUUCCCUGGGAUGAAUUAUGAGAAAUAUGACAUUGGCCUAAAACACCUGGCAAAAGAUCCUUGGGCUGCAGGUAUUUUGAGUCAGACUCUAAGUAUAACCCAGGGUUCAGAUUUGUUCCUCUCAGUUUAAGAGGUGAAUGAGGAAUAUAGAAGAAUGCAGUGAAGAUUCACAAAGGUGACAAAGGCCUGGAAAAGAAGGCUCUGACAGAGCCGAUGGAAGCAAUAAGAGGUCCCGUUAUAGCUGAAUUUAUAAUCAGCUCUACCAUGGAUCAAACCCCAAAUAGUCCCAAAGGGACCGUGCAGACUAAACUUCCACAUAGAACUUCCACUCUUUGGUGGCUAUUUUGAUGUCAGAAUGGGCCUAUCCAAAGCUGCCACAUGAGUCACCUUGAACUCUGCCUGCUUUGUAUUAUUGCCUCUGGAUUCUCUUCCCUGGAGGUUCUUCAGGCAGCUGGACUACAUUGUGCCAUGACAUGCUCCUCAUUUUCCCCACAAACAUCUCUGAUUGAAGGCAGAUGACACACGACCUUUAGCUCACCCUUAGGAAUCUUUGCUAAGCCUGGUUUAGUACAGCUAGGUUGUAGCAUGGAUGUUAUUCCUAUCUUCCAACCUUAUGGGUCAUGGGUUAUAUAGAACUCCAUCUGUUGUGCAUUGCCAGGAAGACCAGAACCAGACUGAAAUGGUGUUUAAGUUAAACAUCCAGAUAAUUAGACCCUGAACCCAACUAUUGAGAAAAACCACACCUUUAGAAGUCUUUAAGAACACUAUAGACACUCACCUGUCUUAGAUACUCAACUACAAUUCCCCAUAAAAAAGGAUUUCUUGAUAUUCCCUCCAACACAGGUGCUGGCUUUUCUCCUAGUUUUACUUUCUACUUCGUCCAUAUGUUUGGAGAGUGUAGGAAUAGAUGGGAUGUAAUUAAUCUGCAAAUAAACCAUAGGUAUCAUAUAGCUCUUUCAUGGGUCUGGAAAAUGUCCCAGUAAUUUUUAAAUCUGGUUAUCUCUUGCUCCAUUUAAAUUCAUUUAAUCAGCUUGAUUCUUGUGGCAUCCUCUUCUGUGUCUUCCAUCAUCUUCAUCACCAUUCCCAUAAUCAUCACUAAACUAUAUUGAGUUCUCACUCUAUGAUAGAUUCCAUGCCAAAGGCUUUACAUAUAUCAUCUCUUAUAAACCUCUCAAUAACUCUAUUAAGUACAUACUACUAUUGUCCCCAUUUCGCAUGUGAGGAAAUAGACUGGAAGAGAUUAUGUGACUUAUGCACUGGUAAUGGUUACAUCUAUUUUGGGGACUACCCUAAGGCAUCCAAUAAGUAACUAUUCUUUUGACCUGGGGCCUCAUAUUUAUGGAGUGAUUUCUGCAUUUCUUAAAUUAAUUUCAAGUGAAUGAAAUAUGCUGAGCUCUU